AGAAAUAGACGCUCCGAACGCAGCAGCAGCAGGUAUUCCAGCUGUUGGAGGCCGAGAGGCGCAAAUAGAUCCGCAUAUAAUGAAUUAGUGACUUGAAGCUGAUUUGCUCGUUGAGCAGCUCUUUCUGGGGGUAAACUCUCCGUCCCGCACGUAGGCCGCGUCCGGAACCGCUGACGUGUUUUGUCUCGUUGCUGCAGAGGACGCCGCGUAACGGCACCAUCCAUGAAAGAGUUAGUGUCUGUCCAGGGAACAGAUCCAGCCCCUUCAGCCGCGCAGCCGCCGCCUCCUCGGAGCUGUACAGCUGGCAAUUUACGGACGGACGACGCGAGCGGAGUAAUUGGUGCUGGGAGGACCCGGACCCGCAAACUGGACCGUGUGUGCUGGAGGACGCGGAUUAGCCCAGGACUGGGAGACUCGGUUGAGUACACGAGCGUUUGGAUCGGCACAGGCAGCCGAACUCUGGAACCGUUAUAACCUCCUCACAUUGGAGCUAUAAGCUCACGAUGGCGCCGCCAGGAAGCAGACGGCGCUUCCUCUCGCUCCUCCUCGCCGUGUUGAUGCCCUGCUGCUUCAGCCAGAGCCCCCCCUCCCCCGCGCCCCCCGCCGCGGCCAAAGCGUCCCCGUCGCCCCCGUCGCCCCCGCCUCCGGCCGAGCGGCUGCGGGUCCGACUGGCCGGGUACCCGCGGAAGCACAACGAGGGCCGGGUGGAGCUGUUCUACAGGGGCGAGUGGGGAACCGUCUGCGACGAUGACUUCUCCCUAGCGAACGCCAACGUGCUCUGCCGCCAGCUGGGCUUCGUCUCGGCCACAGGAUGGACCCACAGCGCCAAGUACGGCAAGGGCCAAGGAACGAUCUGGCUGGACAACGUUCUGUGCAGCGGAGGAGAGAAGAGCAUCGAGCUGUGCAAGUCGCGCGGCUGGGGCAACAGCGACUGCACCCACGACGAGGACGCGGGGGUGGUGUGCAAAGACGAGAGGAUCCCCGGCUUCGUGGAUUCAAACGUUAUCGACGCCCAGGUGGACGAGAACAAAAUCGAGGAGGUGCGUCUCCGGGCGGUGGUGGGCGUGGCCAAGAAGAAGCUGCCCGUCACAGAGGGCGUGGUGGAGGUGAAGCACAAGGACGGCUGGGCCCAGGUGUGCGACCUGGGCUGGACCGGCAAGAACACGCGCGUGGUCUGCGGCAUGCUGGGGUUCCCACACGAGAGGAAAGUCAACAAGAACUUUUACAAACUGCCUAAGCGAGCGGCUGAGACGGCUCCCGGGCCAAAGGUUAAGGUUUCGGCGGGUGGAAGGCCUCCGUCCAAAGCUAAAGCUAACGCUAAGUCUAAACAGAGCAGCCCUGACAGAAGGCUGUUCCUGCAGCGCCAGCGGAGCUACUUCCACAUCCACUCGGUGGCGUGCACGGGCACCGAGGUGCACCUGGCGGCCUGCGCCCUGGAGUUCAGCAGAGCCAACGCCUCGUCCUGCGACGGCGGCGCGGCCGCGGUGGUCAGCUGCAUGCCGGGCCCGCUCUUCAUGCAGAACACGGGCCUGAAGAAGAAACUGAAGAUUUCAAGCAAAGUGAGGCUGAAGGGAGGCGCGAAGCUCGGCGAGGGUCGAGUGGAGGUUCUGAAAGACAACGAGUGGGGCACGGUGUGCGACGACCGCUGGAACCUGCAGUCAGCCAGCGUGGUCUGCAGGGAGCUCGGCUACGGGAGCGCGAAGGAGGCGCUGACCGGGGCCCGAAUGGGCCAAGGAAUGGGUCCAAUCCACAUGAAUGAGGUGAAGUGUGUGGGCCUGGAAAGGUCGGUGUGGAACUGCCCAUUCAAAAACAUCACGUCUGAGGACUGUCAGCACACUGAGGACGCCGCCGUGCGCUGCAACGUGCCCUACCUGGGCCUGGAGAACACGAUCCGAAUCACAGGCGGCCGGACCCGCUACGAGGGCCGCGUGGAGGUGCUGAGCACCGACGCUAACGGGACGCGGAGCUGGGGUCUGAUCUGUGGAGAGAGCUGGAGCACCAAGGAGGCCAUGGUGGCCUGCAGGCAGCUGGGCUUGGGCUACGCUAACCAGGGCCUGCAAAUCCGGAUAGUGGGCGGCCGGAGCAGUUACGAGGGCCGAGUGGAGGUUCAGGUUGGGUCCAAGUGGGGCACAGUGUGCAGCACAGGUUGGAGCACAAAGGAAGCCAUGGUGGUUUGCAGGCAGCUAGGGCUCGGCUACUCCAUGCAUGCCAUCACUGAAACCUGGUACUGGGACAGCAGCAACGUGACGGACAUGGUGAUGAGCGGCGUGAAGUGCACGGGCAGUGAGAUGGCGCUGAGUCAGUGCCAGCAUCACAAGAGCGUCAGCUGCCAGAGAGCGGCGGCCAAGUUUUCAGCGGGAGUCAUCUGCUCUGAGACGGCCUCGGACCUGGUCCUGAACGCCCCUCUGGUGCAGCAGACGGUUUACAUCGAGGAUCGCCCUCUGCACAUGCUCUACUGCGCUGCAGAGGAGGACUGCCUGUCCAAAUCUGCAGCCAAGGCCAACUGGCCGUACGGACACAGGCGCCUGCUCCGCUUCUCCUCCCAGAUCCACAACAUCGGCCGGGCCGACUUCAAGCCCAAGGCCGGGCGCCACUCGUGGGUCUGGCACGCCUGCCACGGUCACUACCACAGCAUGGAUGUUUUCACCCACUAUGAUCUGCUGAACUCAAAUGGUACCAAGGUGGCAGAGGGACACAAAGCAAGCUUCUGCCUGGAGGACACAGAUUGCCAAGAGGGUGUUUCCAAGCGGUAUGAGUGCGCCAACUUCGGCGAUCAGGGCAUCACCGUGGGCUGCUGGGACCUGUACCGCCACGACAUCGACUGCCAGUGGAUCGACAUCACAGACGUCAAACCUGGAAACUACAUCAUGCAAGUUGUGAUCAAUCCAAAUCAAGAAGUAGCUGAGAGUGAUUUCACCAACAAUGCCAUGAAAUGCAACUGUAAAUAUGACGGACAUAGAAUCUGGCUCCAUAAUUGCCACAUCGGCGACGCGUUCAGUGAGGAGGCAGAGAGGAGGUUUGAGAAAUACCCCGGGCAGCUCAAUAACCAGAUUUCUUAAGCUAUUAUAACAAUAUAGUGAAAACGAGGUUGAACAAUUAAAUUAAACCUCACAAGUUCAAAUGUUCAGCUAGUGUUCAGGUACAAAAUGAUUCCCUUACAUAUCUCCACUUCUUUCUAACAAUGGAAGAAACCAAGCAUUUUGGUGAAUGUGAUGUGGGAAUUAUUAUACUUGAAUGUUCAAGUGCUAUUUUUUGGAUUUCCUUCUUAGUCUCCUGAACUUAUGCCAUCGAAUUGAACAGAUUUUAUAAAGUCAGUUUAAUAGACUGUGUGUGGCAAAUGUACAAGCUUCUGUUGAAUGUUGAGCUAUGUUUCCUUUUUUAUAAAUAGAUUUAUUUUACACCUCAAGUCUUGUAGUGAACCAUAAGAACACAUCAGAGGCUUGAAGAGCAAAAGAUGCAGCUCUGUGAAAGUUCUAGCAACUUCAUUCAAGGGUGUUAUGAGCAAAGGUGACUUUCCAUGACCACAAAUGUCCAGAACACUGAAACCUUAACUGGGAGGAACCACACAGCUGAAAAAGCUUUUGACUUCGACUGCUCUUCAUCUUUACACCAGCAAAUCAUACCAAACCUGCCUCAGUCAAACAUUUUGUGAAUGUAUUUAUUACCAAAGCUAAGGUGCUCAAAAACAAGACACGUUGAAUAGGAUUAUUGUUGCUUUGAAGCCAGAUUGAAGCCAUUUGUAGUUAGCUUUUAUAGAAUAUUUGUAGUCCCACCUUCCUUGCAUAUGUCCUCUGUUCUGUCAUGUUUUUGCCAGGAGGAAAAAUGUCGUUGUCCUAUUCUGAUUUUUUAAGUGAGCAAUUAAAAACAUACAACAAACAAACAACA